AUGUGGAGUACUCGCCUCCAGCUGCGGUCGCUGCGCGGGAUCCCCGCCUCGCGCCAGCUGUCAACCCUUCGAGGCAAAAAUCCCCAGCGCGGUCCCCGGGGCAGCAUUGUCAGACCAACACCUAUCCAACCGAUAAAACAGGCAGAUGCUGUCUCUCAAAACCCCGACGCGACAAGUGCCGACCCCCAACCUGAGAACCAGCCUCAGGAUGCAUACAACACCAACUACGACCCUGCGCAAAACACCCUUCUCUCCCCCGUCCACAUCCCAGAGGAUCCAAAUGGCGUUCUUAAGGAAACUCAUCCGGCCACAAAAAUACUCACAAACUCCGGUGUUGUCGUGCAGCGGCAGCUGGAGAUGAUGAAUAUUAUGAUUGGUUUCGAGCAGGCGAAUAAAUAUGUCAUUAUGGAUGCGCAAGGAAAUCAUAUUGGUUAUAUGGCAGAGCAAGAAAAGAGCAUGGCCAAUGCUAUGGCACGUCAGUGGUUUCGCACACAUCGAAGCUUCGUCACGCAUGUCUUCGACCGCCAUGAGAAUGAAGUCCUCCGAGUAUGA